AUGGCAUACAACCCCCAACGAGCACCUCCACGGGCCCCCAGACGUCGCAGACCCCCCCAACCUCCCAGAUAUCCUGGAAGCCAUAUAGUCACAUUAUUCACUGGCAAUCAGGAGCUCUGGUUUGUUCAGGUCAAACUUGAUCCGGGUGUGGUACCUUCGUUCGAAGAGUACGAAAAUGCUGUGAAACAAGGCAAAGCCGAGUUGACCCUUCAAGAUAAUAGAAAAAAGGACAAGGAGGGGCAAAUGCCACCACCCGAUGGGAUAGAAAAAUUGCUAGACGGGAUUGGGGAGGCGAGGCUUAAAAGCCAGCGGUUGCCACACAUUCAACCGGCUCUUUGCCCACGAUGA